AGGAGGCUCGGUAAUAACGGUCGUACGGGACGAGUCAUUUUGGUGUCGGCGUCGACGCGAGGACGCGACUCUGAGGCUACUACCAGGAUUCCGGACAUCGCUGCCAGUUGUCGAAGCAUCGUGGUCAAGCGAUAUCCGAUACUCCGUCUCAGGACGGCUAUACCACUCUCAAAGGCGCGCUCGACUCCGACAUGUCCUCGUACCCGGCCCUCGCACGUGUUCUCCAGAUACAGGAGGAUACGGACUCGGAGAAGCUUAGCGCCCAGUUAACGAGCGCAAUCCUGUCAUCUGUGCACGACCAAGCUUCGCGCCUCACUUUGGAGGAGAUCUACGAGUCUGUCUCCGCCUCAGAUGGAGGCGCUCUUCUGGACCCGCUGGGCGUGUUGCCCCGCAUCUUGCCCUCGUCCUCUCCCGGCGCGCGAGAUCUGAUAGCGUACAUGGGCCAGCAUAGCAAUGCGCGAGAAGCCAUGAUUGCCUUGCAGGAAGCCACGGAGCGCCUCGAGCUCGAUAUGCGCGAAGGUGAAGACAAUGACGAAAGCGACCAGUCGGAGAAGCCUUCUGGCUCUCCACCGCCCUCUCUAGGCGCGCCCGCGCAGCUCGUGCGGCUUGUCGAUUUGUACGGAUGCGUAAUUCCUCGUUUGGAGGUUCGUCGGCGGACCCCGUUGGAUACGUUGCGUCCAGUGUUGAGCGGUCUGGACGAUGCACUCUCGCUGGCGGUGGCUCACGCAGAUAAAAGACAGGGGCGCGAUAUCAUCGCAGCUGUAGCGCGGCUGGUGGGCGAGGCAACCCGAUGGGUACGCACAAAAUCCGUAGAGCACGAAGAUGAGAUUGUGGCCUGCAAUAAAAUCCUCAAGUCACUCCUUGAUUCGACGCUUGAAGGCUAUCAGGCAAGCAUCGACUCUUCCCUUGCACAGCGGACAUUCCAACAGUAUUUCCCGCGGCUUGUCUUCCGAUCUGCUACUAGACAAGGGUGGGAGGCGGGGGAACAGGCACUCCAGGCAGCCCAGAAUGCCUCGACGACGUUGGGUAACAGCGAGCGAUCCCUGUCCUCUGAACCAUCCGUCGUUUCUCUCAUUCUCCUAGCACACUCACCUCCAAGUAACGUCUCCCCCCUUACGCUCUUAUCCACUUUCCUCCCGACCGUCAUCCACUGCAUCCAAACGAGCACCGCCCUAGACGAAACCCUCGCCUUGCUCCUGCACGCUCUGCACCGCGCGCAGGCAUCCGACCCCCCGCUCACGCUAGACCCCUCCACAUCCGUGCCCCUCGCCUCGCUCCUCCCCACCCUCGCCUCCUCGCACCCCGACCCGCCCACGCGGCACCUCGUCUUCCGGCUGCUCUCGAUGGUGCUCGCGCUCUCGCCGCCACUGCUGCGCCUCCAGCUCCUCCGGGACAUCCUCACAGACACGGAGACGACCUCGCCGCAGAUGCGCGUGGCGGCGGUUGGACUGGUGAAGGAGGCGGUGUUGCAGGGCCUGGCUCAGCCUGAGGGUACGAGUGUCUUCGCGUCCCCGGCGCUGUUCCAGGCGAUCGGGCCUGUUUUGUUCCGUGCAGACUUGCCGCGUACGCUGCAGCUGGACGAGUUUGUGGAGAGUGGGGAAUCAGCGAGGUUGAGCGAGGUGUUGGCGUUUUAUUAUGUGGUGUUCAUGCGGGACUCGGGGAAUAGAACUGGCAUCCGGGACCCGGACAGGAUCGCUGCUGUGCAAGGGACGCUGCUCGGACCCUUACGGGUUCUGCUCGAUAACUGGUUAACGGAACUCCCUGACACUCAUAGUCAUGAUAUGGGGACGAUGGCUUUGGCAUCUCUCGAGACGAAUUUAGAACGUGUGGAAAAUGGGGACCCUCGGCUUUCUAUGCCCAGAACGUAG